AUGGGGCCGAAGAAGAAGACAGGCCCCGCCGCAGAGACGCUCAAGAAAACCAUCCGACCGACCUCUGAACCUCAACCCUCGGAUGACUUCCUACGGUCAUUGCCGCCGCCUCCGGACAAUUGGACAGACGAACAAGAAAUUACGCUCUUCAAGGCAAUAAUAAAAUGGAAACCUGCAGGGAUGCACAAACACUUUCGGAUGCUAUCCAUCGCGAACUUAAUGAAGAACCACGGUGUUGCCGAUACUCAUACGAAUAUACCUGGGAUAUGGAAGAAGCUAGAGAGCUUGUACUAUCUAGAUGCAGUGGAUGAUCAGGAGGAGACAGAUGAUGGAUAUGAAUCCCCACCUACGACCGACUUCGAUCUCCCGGACGUUGAUUACUAUGAACUGAAAAUGAGUCGCCGCUUCGCGACGGAGCCUUCACCCGAACCCGAACCCGAAGAAGAAGAAGACGAGGAGGACGAGGAGGAAGAAGAGGAGGAAGAGGAGGAGGAGGAAGAGGAAGAGAAGCCGACGACGAAGGCUGGGCCUCGGAAACCCGCCCCGAAACAGAACAAAGAAACUAAAGCAGAUACAAGGCGUGGGAAGCGGAGGGAAGUCGAAGAAGAGAAGGAGGAGGAGGAGGAGCAGGAGGAAAAUAGCGAGGCAGAUGAGACUGAAGAGGAACCUGCAGCUCCUACUCAGACAAAACGCAAAGGGAGGGCUACCAGAGCGAAGUCAGCGGGUACCGGGACGGCGAAGUCUACACCGGCUCCGGAUGACAAAAAGGAAGACGCCAAAAAGAAGACCAAAGGAAGAGUAGCAGUCAAACCAAAGCCACAGCAAGCUAAACGCGGGCGUCCCACUACUAAGAAAAAGGAAGAGAAACCCGAACCUGAACCCGAGGAAGAGGAGGCGGAGACAGAUGAGGAAGGAGAGGGCAGUGAGGAGGAAGGGGAAGAGGAUAGUGAGGAGGGUAGUGAAGGGGAGGAGGAAGAGGAAGCAGAAAGUGGGGAAGAAUCGGAGCCGCCGUCCCCAGCUUCCACGAAGCGAUCAAGAUCAGUCGCUUCUACCCGUGCGCCUCCAAAGGGGAAGAAAGCAAAGAUCCAAAAGGAAACCGUGCGAAGAAGCUCGCGGAAAAAAUAA